UUCCGAAUAGCGAAAUAACGAAUAUAUUUCUUCAAAGUGUACAACAGUUUAGUGUUGAAUUAUUGGAAAAGCUGAUUUUUACAAAGUGCAAACUGAUUUGCUGACGCAAAUACAAAAAUUGAGCUGUGCUCCGUACUUGGGAUCGAGAUUCUUGUUGCUUUUCUUAAGACAGUUGGCUGCGUGGCCACCGCCGCCGCCGGGCUAGGAUGCGGAUAGGACCGUCCAUGGGGUGGGCGCCACUGGUGCUGGUGGCGUCCCUCGCAUCCCUCGUCUCCACCGCCGACAUCCUGAUGAUCACGAUGGGCGGCACCAAGUCACACAAGAUCCCGUUCUGGGAGCUGGCCAAGGGCCUGAUACCGAGGGGUCACAACAUCACCUUCAUGAGUGCCUUCCCGGCGGACUUUGCCCUCGAGGGCCUCCAGGAGAUCACCCCGUCCGGGCUGGUUGAGUACGUCCGCAACUACACCAACUGGGACCUGAUCGGGACGCGGAUGCGCGGUGAGUGGCCCCUCUCGAUGUGGGACACGUUCCGGUACUCGUGGCAGCUGUGUGACGCCACCCUCGAGGACAAGGAAACGCUGGACAUCCUGGGCCGGAAGUUCGACCUGCUCAUCCUGGACGGAGCCUUUCCGGAGUGUGCGCUCGGGUUGGCGUACCGGCUGGGGGCGCCGUACAUGUACAUCAACACGGUUGGGUUCUACACCGGGACGCUGAGUUUGGCGGGAAAUCCGGGACCGUACUCCGUGACGCCGAUCUUCUUCCGGCCGUUCACCGACGAGAUGGGCUUUUUCGAUCGGAUUGGGAACCUGGGCUACCACCUGAUGCUGCAGUCGGUGUUCAUGCCAGCCAUGACCGUGCUGCAGGCCGUCGUUCGGCGCCACCUCGGUUCGGACAUCCCAAACCUGCUGGACAUGUCCCGGAACGUGAGCUUCAUCCUGCAAAACGGGCACGCCGUGCUGAGCUACCCGCGGGCAAAUCUUCCGAACGUGGCCGAAAUCGCGUGCAUCCACUGCAAGCCGGCCGGACCGCUGCCCCAGGACCUGGAGGAUUUUAUCGCCGGAGCGGGCGAGUCCGGCUUCAUCUAUGUCUCGAUGGGAUCGUCCGUGAAGGUCGCCAACAUGCCGGACCGGUUGCGCCAACUGCUGGUCCAAUCGUUUGCCCGGCUGCCCUACCGGGUGCUCUGGAAGUACGAAGCGAACGCGUCCAUGCUGAACGACCUGCCGUCGAACGUGAUGCUGGGCCGGUGGCUGCCCCAGCAGGACAUCCUCGGCCACCGGAAGCUGCGGGCUUUCGUCACCCACGGAGGACUGCUCAGCAUGUUCGAGACGGUCUACCACGGCGUUCCGGUGGUCACGAUGCCGGUGUUUUGCGACCACGAUGCGAACGCGGCCAAGGCCGAACGGGACGGCUACGCCAUUGUGCUGGAGCUGGAAACGCUGACCAGUGACCAGCUGGUGCGGGCAAUUCACAGGGCGAUCCACGAUCCCAAGUACCGGAAUGAUGCGAGGUACCGCCAAAUGCUGCUAAAGGACCAAAGAAAUACCCCGCUGGAGACGGCCAUCUACUGGACCGAGUACGUGAUACGACACAACGGAGCGUACCAUCUGCAGUCGCCAGCGAGAAAUCUCACCUUCUUCACCUACUACGGUUUGGACAUGAUCUGCUUCUUCCUGGCGGCCGGCUACCUGGCCCGGUACCUGCUCAAACGGGGAGUUCGACCGCAAAUCAUCCGGCAGCUCACGAAGGAAAAAGUACACUAGAACAACAUUUAAAAAAAAAAACCUCGUUCGAACCAUGAUAUCUACCAACGCCAAACAACUCCACCACGAAGCCAAAACUGAAGUUGAAGUCGCAACUCCGAGGAAAAAAAAGGGUUUCUGUCGUGUGCAGAAAAUAAAGGAAAAGUUUUCCAUUUCAGGUGAACUUGCGAGAAAAAGUUGCUGGAAAAGUUGGGUGCAAUCCGAGCUAGUUUCAGUUUCAGGACUGAGCUACUUUUUUAUUGUUAUUUUUUAAGCACUGGAUAUUUGGUCAAACGACAAAUUCAACCUAAAAGGCGAAAUUCAAAAUCGCAUUUUGAUUGUGAUAAGAAUGUGAGGUUUCGCCGAAGGCAAAAAGUUUUAAGGAAGCAAGUUUUAGCAUAUGUGUAUAGAAUAAAUUCUUAGCAACGUAAGCAAAUUUUGGGUGAUGCAAGGUUUCUCUCCUCUUCAACUGUUGAACAAAACAAAACUUUCAAUUCUUCUUAGGGAACUGCACACGUGUAAAACGCAGAUGUCGUCAGACAAGAGUGUUAGACUUUAGGUUAGCCGCUAGAACUGUACUAAUUUAUUUGUCCCUGUUUGAUCCCCUCCCUGUCCCAGUUUAAAAAUCACCUCGCGUGACUGUUUUGAGUAUAACAGUUUUCCAAAUGUACGAUGAGGGUGUUUUUUUUUUUAUCUCACAUUCAUAGGGAAAUAUUCUUUGAAUUUUCAUCGUGCUCGAGGCUGAAUCAAAGAAUAUUGCUCUAUGGCUUCGUGCAGUCGCUUUUUAUUAGUUUUAAAGUGUGUGUGUACAGAUCGUCGCUGGUGAGGUUUUCACAUUGAACUUGUACAUAUUUGAGUUAAGACAAUAAAAAGUAUGAUUCCA